ACACAAAAUGAUUCUGUUUAUUUUAUUGCCUUAAAAACCAAUCAUUGUGUUUUGAAAAAUAAUUAUAUUACUCGUAUAUUACUAGAUUUGAAUCAUUAAUGUUAUUCACAUUCUGACAUUUGUCAAACUUCUGAACUUGAAAGGCUGGUCUCACAUGACAUCUUGCUUAUACUGCAAUAGUCUUAAUAAUUUGUGUAAAAGGCAAAAUGACAGACAAUGAGAAAUUUGACAUGUUUGAUGAAGAAGGCUCGGAAAUAACAAAUGAAAACAAACCUGGUGAAAUAAAGAAACCAGAGUCCCUACUGGAUGCAUUAGAAAUCAACAUAUCGGAUCCUGAAAGACGCACCACCACAAAAGGAAGUCUAAAAAUGCAGGAGACUUAUAUUGUUUACAUGAUUGAGUCCAAGCCUCGGGAUUUAGAAAAUAUAGAUCCAAUGUUAGAGGAAGUGACAGCAGUGUGGAGGAGAUACAGUGAAUUUGAACUUCUUCGAAAUUAUCUCAUUGUAUCCUACCCAGCGAUCGUCAUGCCUCCUUUACCUGAAAAACGUACUACUUUCAUAUGGACCAAAAUCAGUACUGAUACAUUUGAUCCUGAAUUUCUCGAGCGAAGACGUGUUGGCUUGGAGGUAUUUUUAAGGCGUAUAUGUGGUUUUCCAAAAAGAGAUGAAAUUGUGAUGGCAUUUUUGAAACAAGAAGAAGGUUGGAGGGAGACUGUGAUGGCCACUGGAUAUCAAGCAAAAGCUGAUUCAUGGCUGCGAACAAUAAAUGCAUCGAUGAGAGUAAAACAACCAGAUUCAAGUUUUGAAGAACUAAAAGAUUAUGCUACAGAAAUGCAAUCUGGUAUUGCUGCGGUUUUGAAAGCGAGGUCUAAAAUUGCUGAUAGAAUCUAUGGAUUAUUCAAGAUACAUGCAAACUAUUCAAGAAUUUUUAAGGAUUGGGGUGCAAUCGAGGAUCCUAAAAUGGCAGAUGCACUUCGCAAAGUGAGUCUUGAAUUAGAAAAGAUGUCAAGUUCAAUCGACUUACUAAUGGAAGAAGAGGAACUCUAUGCUGAGCAACUAAAAGAAUACCACAAUUUUGCCAGUUCAUUGAAAUCAAUAGUUAAAAAACAUGAAGCGCUUCAAUAUGAUGUGGAAUAUGUAGAAAGCCAAUUGAUGUCAGCAAAUGUUGAAAAAAAGCAAGUCAGCAGUGGAGUAGACAAAGGUUUCAACUUUGGAGGAAUGAGAGCAAAGCUUUUUGGUGGAGAUACGCCAGAACAAAAGGAGAUAAAAUUGGCCAAGAUUGAUGAAAAUAUUCAUAUGCUCGAACAAUCUGCAGAAACCAAAAGAACUGCUGCUUCUACUUUUUCUUCUGAAGCAAAGGAAGAAAUUCUUCAAUUUAAAAGACGAAAGCAGGCUGAUCUUUGGGAGAUAUUGACAAAUUAUGUGAUAUUGCAAAUAAAAAUGUCCAAAGAAACAAAGGCAACAUGGACAAGAUUUAAAGCUGCAAUUCAAGCUGCUUAAUUUUUUAAAGUUCAUCUUUUAUCUAUAUGUCAUAUAAAAUAGUUAUAUUAUAAAACCAAAUUUUCCUUGAUUUGUCUUGUUUUAUCAAUGAAUGACUGUUAUUUUUUUACUGCCAAUUACCCUGUGCGCUUCAUCAAGUUUUUCCUUUAUUUAUGGAUUAUGUAAGACCUCAGUUGCACAAAUAAGUAAUUUCGAAACAUUGAUAUUACCAUUAUGGAAGGCUUAUUUCUAUUCAAUAAAUAUCUUCGCUAAUUACACUAAUCUUGCUAUUAUGACAAAGCUAUAUUGAAUACAAAAAAAUUCUCUUGUAUCUUGAAUCAACUCAAAAAUUAUUUGGCAUCGAAUUAUGAUUUUGUCUCCUUUAGAGUUGUAGUUCUUCUUUACCUUUGUUCCAAGAAAUUUUUUCGAAAAAACAUUUUUCUUGUAUCACCCAGUGUUCAUUUUUCGUUGGUUUACCGAUCUUAAUAACCAGUUCGAUGUGUUUAUCAAUAGUCAGCUUAAUAUCGCUCUUGCUCAUAUUCCUGUGGAAAAACCUGUUCAAUUUAUUCAUGUUCAAAUAUCGAUCCUCCUGACUCAUAACAAGCGACUAUUUGUGAACGCAGUGUUGCUGACCAUGUUCAUACCUCAUAACUCAAUUUGUCCUACAAAACAGUCAUAUUAUAGGUUGGGCGUUUCCUUGUUUGUAUCAUUUGUGUGCUUUUUGUUAAAACGACGGGAGGCCAGUCCCUAGUGCAACCUUAUUCAUCAAUCAGCGAUUAGAUUUCAUGAUUAUGAUUUCAGCUUACAUGAUUCCAAUUGCUUUUCAUUUAAUAAUAUAGUUCAGUUUAUGGUGAUUUUAAAUGUUCCAUGGCGUAGAUUUGUUGAAAAUUAGUGAUAAUAAAUUAUUCAAUGAUA